GCAGCAGCAGCAGUUGUUUUGGGUUUCGAGUACCACCUUUCGGACCUUUCGAGGUCGUGCGUGGGUGCUCGCAAUUCAUAUCGUGGGCCUCGUACGAGCAUACCGUCCUGUGGUUUGCAGGCAGCAGCAGCAGUUGUUUUGGGUUUCGAGUACCACCUUUCGGACCUUUCGAGGUCGUGCGUGGGUGCUCGCAAUUCAGAGUAGAUUACGUCGAUGCUUAAUAUGGCUUCUCGCUAGAACAACCCCGACCGUAUGCUCUCCGGGCUGACGGCGUUUGCUGUCGGGCGGAUCCAUACGAGGCCAUUUCUCGAGGCGAUUCUAGUUCUAGAAAACUAGAAUCGCCUGCUGUUUCCUUCGCAUGACUUAAAUUGGGUUGACCUCGAACGCAGGUCAGACUAGUUGUUGGUCUGCGCAUCUGGAGAAGCAAAUUUCAGACAAAAUGGGACGACUAAUGGGAUGUUUCAGGAAAAAUGUAGAGGCUCCACAGACGUGCUCCACACAUCCGUCGAUCGAGGGAUCGCGGCCGGAGCAUAGAAGCUUGGGCAAAGGUGACCUGAUUCUGGCGAUAAACUCUGAGACAAACCCACAGUUUCCGAAUAGUGCAGGUGCGAAUGCGACCAUCGUCGGAGGCCACACUCCACUGCAUCAAGCAGCAGCCAUGGGGCAGAAAGAUGUAGUGGAUGCACUUCUUCUAAAAGGUAAUCUGAACGUCGGAGUUGCCACAUCUGACGGCAUCACGGCCUUGCAUAUCGCCGCUUACAGAGGCCAUGAAAUGAUCGUCACAGCCUUGCUUCCCUGGUAUAGCAGAAAUCCUGCUGCUGAUGUUAAUGCCCGAGAUAAAAAGAUGGGCAGAACAGCUUUGCACUAUGCAGUUGAAGGAGGGCACCUGAGGAUCGUCGAGGUACUGAGUAAAUUUCCCGGUAUCGACAUUUGCCCAGAAAACUCUCAGAACCUCACUCCUUUGUUCAUGGCGCUAAGUCAGCGCAGGGGAGAUUGCAGUUUACCCUUGGUCAGGACAUUAAUUGAUGCGGAGCCUGAUCAAGUCAGCCGCGCACUUAGUCCUCACGCAAUGCUCAUCGACGAUUCGACCUGGCUGCAAUCGUGCCUUACUGAAUUGUUCACGAGCGACGCUGUUUUACAGAAUGUCUCCGGCGUUCGUCCGAAAGAAGAGUCUGGGACUUCCGAGCAGGAGAAUCGGAAUAAGUUCCGGGAGAUAGAGGAAGAAAGAAGAAGAACUGACCGAAGCACAUCACCGGGAGAUUGGGAAAGAAUAAGCAACGUCCGCGUUGCCAACGUGGACUGGCAGAGGACGUAUUCACCAAAGUCAACGACAGAAGAGGAACUUGACCGCUACAAGAAGUACAAAUGCCCGGUGGCAGGUCACACGGUUUUACACGUGGCUGCCACACAAAACAACGCCGAGGUCCUCUCACACGUCCUCUCCAACUGCCCGAGCGCAAAUGUGAACAUCCUCACAGCCGAUGGCAGCGGAAUGACCCCUCUGCACUGCGCCAUCAGAGCGGACUCCACGGAAUCAAUCGACGUCCUGAUGUCCCACCCAGAUGUGGACGUGAACGCCCGCCUGAAAUCGAGAGUCGACCUCGCGCUGCCGCCAUGGACGGAACUGACAGUGCGAACCUGGUGGAGCCGGAAGAAAUCCGAACCGUUCCGCUUCUACAAGGCGACCUGCGUCUCCGACACCCCUCUGCACCUCGCAAUUCGCUGCUGCAGCUCCCGGACGCUGCGAAGAAUCGGCAUGCAGUUCUGCAACCAUCCCCGCUUCCAGCCAAGCAUCUACAACGAGUCCGGCUGCAAUUCGCUGGAUCUGGCCUGGCUUCGAUCGUCGUGCAGCUUGCAUUACGGGAAUAGCUCGGUCGACCUGCACUCGUUCCUCGACACACUCGAGCGCCAGCCGGGGAACGAGCUGCUUAUGAACGAGGUCAACAGCUUGAAGAAGAGGUCUCAGAGGGUCGUCAUUUUCGCGCUGGCCGCGGCCAUGCUGAUUGGAGGGAUGACAAUUAGUAGUCUGCUGAAACCGCCGUUCGAUGCCGCCACUGGUUCCAAUGCCCGGGCCGUGCGCUUCUUCUGGGUCUACGAUUGCAUGUCCUUCUACUUCUCCAUCUACACGAUCCUUUACUGCCUGGGCACGAUCAUCACCACGUGGCAGCACACGCAGCGCAUCACAGGCGGCAUCAACACUACGUCCACGUCUCUGCGCGUCUUCUUCGACCUCGAUUAUGCCCAGCUCCUCAUCUGCGUCUUCUUCUGUUUCGUGACCAAAGCGGGAUCCUUAAUCGGGGCGAGCCUUGCCAACCUGCCUCCGGACUCUCGGACCCCCGUGAUGAUGGUCUAUGUGAUUUUGGGUCUUCUUCUCGUUCUCAUCCAGGCCGUUCACAGUUUGGACUCCAUGGUCAAGAACGCUGGACUUCCCAUCGUCUUCUGUGUCGUAUCAGGAGUGGGAUGCUUAAUCUCGGGGGACUUUGAUACCUGGACUCUGGACUCUCUGACCCUCGUGAUCAUCGUCGUAAAUAUACUUCUCCUUCUCAUCAUGACUAUCGACUCCGUGGUCAAGAAUUCUGCACUUUACCUCGUACUCAAAGCUGGGGUCGAGACGCAGUUUCAUGAUCUGCACAAUCUGCUUUUGGGGCUGGUUUACUGGUGUCCGCGGCAACUCCUUUGUUUGCCGUGCAGACCGCGCCGUGAUAUUCCAUUAGAUCAGAACAUGUUUAUUACGCUGAUCAAGUUAGCGAUUCUGCCUAUCCACGUCUUUGUUAUUAUGGGCAUUACAUGGUACACGUUUAUCACCGAUACGGGAUAGACCGCUAUCUGAAGUACGAAUGCUCGAUGGCAGGGCACACAAUUUUCCAACUGGCUGCCACGCAAGACAACGCAGAGGAACCGAAUUCUAUUGAUCUUAACUAGGAAUAUGCAGAACGCUUCUCAAUCUAAGAGACCACGGAUGGAAUCAUGUGUGUACCGACGAGUGUCGUAGCAAUUAAUCAUCUGGAGCCAUCCUCAUCGAAUUAAGGUUCCAACUCGAUCUCGAACUCGAGCAUGAGGAAAGAUCUCCUGAUAUGAUUUAAUGAUAUGCAAUUAAGAUGUACGACACUACUGUACAUAUGGCUUGAAUCCAGAACCUCUAAAAGCAACGAGGACGUGGAUAGAUCAACGCUCCUCUCCAGAGAGGUUCCAGAUAUUCACUAGAAGUUUAUUCAGAAUGAUGUUUACAAGAAAGUCUAAAAUUAUUUCAUGAUUGAUCAAACCAAUCAGUAGAGCCAACUUUAGAGAUUUCCUCUAAAUUGUUGCAGUUUUUGAUCGAUUGCUUGAUAGGUUGGACUCAUUCAAGAAACACAUUGAAACUUGAAACUUCACCAUGAAUAUAUAUCAUUUGCA